AUGAACGCCAACUUCACGGUACAGAAUCUGCCUGGCAAACGCAAGGCGCUGGUCGCCGCAAGGCCGAUCACUCUUGGAGAAGAAAUCGUUUCCGAAUCACCUCUGGGCACCGUCGGUCCGAUGCUCAAAUCUACUUUCAACGAGGACGCCUUCUUCGAUCUCAAGCACGAGUACUCUGGCGUCGAGGUCAUCAGUGCGGUAUACCGGAGAAUGUCGCCAUCUCAACAGACUCAGUUCGUCCAGCUCCACACAACUGGUCACAUUGUCGACACGUUCGUGCUGAACGCCUUCAGCGACUACUCAUACCUCGCAGGUCUAGAGUAUGUCACACUUCGUGUAUACAACAACAUCUGUCGUGCAAACAAUUCGUGCCGGCCGAAUGCCAUGUACUCGUACAACCCAAACACUCAGCGAGGGGCACUGCGAGCCAUUCGCAGAAUCGAUUAUGGAGAAGAGGUCACAGUGGAGUACCAAAUGAUUGAGGACAUGAGUCUACAAAGGUUGACCAGUCGCAACAACUUCUUCCAAAAGAAUUGCGGCUUCUCCUACGACUGUCCAGCCUGUCGUGGCCCUGACCGCGGGCGUGACAGCGAGCAGCGAGCACGCGCCGGUCGGCUGCUGGAGACAAUCAUCAACGACCGGCACAGCAUUCCGGCGAGCGGUGACUCGGAAGCGCGGAGGACGCAGCGACUUGAGCGUCUGGACAGGUACAUUGACAUCCUUAGAGGCCUGCAAAUUUCCGACGGCAAGAUGGCAGACGCUCUAAAGCAUCGGGCUGAAGUUCACCGUCAAGGGUACCAGCUUGCGCAAAGGGAUGGUAACGACCAUUUCCCUUCGUGCCGCAGAGACGGUACCCCGUUGCACCACCUCGCGUCGGCAAAAUCAGAUCUCCUCGACGCGCACAUGCUCAAGACGAUCUGCUACGGACCAGCUCAUCCCGAAUGCGAUCAGGUAAGAAGCAUGAUUGCAGAAAUCAUGCGACUUACAGUCAUCUUGCAAGGAUGA